AUGCCCGUCGAAUACCCGACAGAGAACGACUUGCCGCACGGGAGUAGUGAGGAGGAGGAAGAGGAGGAGGAAGAGGAGGAGGACGAGGACGAGGAGAUCGAGGAGUGGACAGAGAUGGUGCCGCUGAGCGAGCUAGAGGAGCUGGAGGAUGGUCCUAGCAGCUACUUUGUCGGUGGUUUCAGCGUGUGCAGCUAUCUCGGCGACGCUAUUGACCGAGUGCAGUUUAAGGAGGACGUUGUGCUCGUCUUUCCCGGUGUUUACGCAGCAGCCUCGUCCUCCUCGCCUUCGUCUUCGGCGCCGCUGGAGCUGAAUGAGGCGAAGCUGGGAGGCUUGUGCGUGUACAGCGUCUCCUACGCUUCUGAGCACGGUGGGAGCGAGAAGAUGAAAGAGCCACGCUACGCGUCGCCGUCGAAGCGUCGCGUUGGGCCGUGGUUCACGUACCUUACGGCGGCAGCGACAGCUGUGUUUCUCGUUCAGGGCGGCGGCAGCGGUGGCGCCGAGUCCUUGAAGUCCCGCAAGGCGUACAACCCCUUGCAGGCCGCCGCGUCGAAGGCAGCGGCGGCGCUAGACAGUCAGGACGCCGCUGCGACAACCGCCAUGAAUACCACGAGUGGCUCCAGUGUGUUUGCGCCAGCGAUCACUGCCACUACAGCGAACGCGCAGCUUUACCCCGUGUUCGACUUCCUCAUCUCCAUAGUGUACAACGACGAGUCCACUGGUGUCGCAGCGUCGUCAACUUGUGGGCUGCCCCACUACGUGCAGCAGCAAGACAGCGACAAGGGCGACGAAAGCGAGGAAGGCGAGGAGACCGGCGAGACGGGUGGCGACGGCGGCGAUGGGCCUGAACAGGAGUCCCAAGAGCCCGCGGCUGGUGCUUUGCGAGAGGAAGCCGCCAUCACCCUUGCCGGCGUGUGCGCGCGCGCCGGCGUGAUGAUCGGCUCCAUUACGCGCACCCACAUCACCCAUUGUGUCAUCGGCUCCCCGCAGCAGCAUCAGACGUCAUGUGAAGCCGGGGCUGUCGCUCCUCGAAUCGCCAUCACGGCUGCGCCUCUAACGGAGGCACUGGUGGAUUACUGCCUGGUGUACGGAGGGUCGUCGUACGGGCUUUACGCCUACCCGCGCUGCGCGCUAACUAUGCGGAGCUGCAUUGUGGAGGGGCCAAACGCAGCGGCUGUGGCGUAUAACACCGCUGGUGCCUCCGUCAUCAGCAAACCCCCCGCGGGCUCUGGUCGGGAAGGCUCUGCCAUUGUUCAGCUACAGCGGCGCCAGGCUCGCACGCAGCUGCUGCGCCGCUACAUGGAUCGCUUUGACGAGGGCCUGGACAAAAACACAGGCAAUGGAGCGCGUGGCAGUGCAUCUCUCGACGUUGAGGAUGGUGUCCUUCCGCGCUUCUGCGUUCCCGGGGCAAGCGGUGCUGCAGCGGCUGCCAUCCCGAUACCGUGCGAGGUUGGUAUCAUGUGCGAUGACGCUGAUGUGCAUAUUGAAGACUGCCUCGUCACCCACACCCGGCACGGGGUGCUUCUGCAUGGUGGCUGCACCGGCACAGUGGUGAAGGGCUUGUCGGUGCGCAGCAUUGCGCAGGUCGGUCUCUACGUGUACGGAAUGGCGGGCGCGGCCGAUGUGCAGUACAGCUCAGUGCACGCGUGUGGUGAGGCGUGUCUGCUGGUGGUUGGCCCGUCUGCUGCCCAGGUGCUCGCCGCAGAGGCUGCGCUUCCCACCCGCCCAUCUGAAGAAAGUGAAGAGGAGGAAGACGGCGAGGCCUGCAGUGGCCAUACCCGGCGCCGCCCUGUAUUCGCCCAGCACCCGCACAUUCGAUCCAACUGGUUUAUCGGGGCUGUCCGUGUGCAAGGCGAGGUGCGUAGUGGGGCCAUGGUGGACAACCUCGUCUUCCUCCCUCGCGACGAGAAAAGGGUUGCCGCGGCGGCAUCAGCCGCUGCCCAGACGUUACUCACCGUCACCGCCAACGCGGCGCGCGGCUUUGCGUAUGUCGGAAUAGAGGGAGAGCGGGCCCCGGCACGCGCGGCAGACGAGGCCGUCGCUGCGUAG